UUCCAGAUAAAGAAUUAAAGAGUGUUGGGUGGGGUUAGACGAAGGAAGCAUAAUUCCAGCUGCCGCUGCUGCUGCGGGAUUCCAGAGAAUCAGUCCCCUGGAAAUUUAAAAAGGGGAUCUUAGGGUUUCUGAGGAAAAAAAAUUCUUGGGGGAGAAGCAAUUGUUGCAGAAGCAAACCUGGGUAGCGACAGCUCUGGGCUUCGGUGGUGUUUGUGUUGCGCGGAUUGGCUGCUGCGCUACUGGCGCAGCUCUCCUAGUACUAUGGAUCACAUGGACAUCGAUUCGCCUCCCGAAUCCAGCCCCCUCAAGCCCCGUGAUCGAAUCCUACGGAGGCUUGCUCUACUUGGAGUACCCGAGGACAAACUUGAUCAGCUCCAACAUGGUUUAGUUGCAUUUGUCAAGGAUGACAAAUCCCGCAUUCCAGAGCUGGUUUCUGCUAUAUUGCUUAUGGAUGAGGAAGGGGUGGAGGCACUCUGGGAAGCCAAGCCAAGUUCUAAAAAAUCCAAUGCUAGCUUGAAAAGACGAUUCCGGGAGAGCAUGCUGUGGUUACAAUGGUUGAUGUUUGAGGGUGAACCAUCCACUGCCCUAAAGAGCCUCUCCAAAAUGAGUCUUGGCCAGCGUGGUGUUUGUGGCGCUGUUUGGGGAAAUAAUGAUGUAGCAUAUAGGUGUCGGACUUGUGAACAUGACCCGACAUGUGCGAUUUGUGUUCCUUGUUUUCAGAAUGGGAACCACAAGGACCAUGAUUUUUCUAUUAUUUAUACAGGUGGUGGCUGCUGUGAUUGUGGGGAUGUCACAGCAUGGAAACGUGAGGGCUUCUGCUCAAAGCAUAAAGGUGCGGAACAAAUACAACCCCUUCCCGAGGAGUUUACAAACUCUGUAGGGCCUGUCCUUAAUGCUCUCUUCGUUUGUUGGAAAAGCAAGUUAUUACUUGCAGAAACUAGUUCUCCAGAAAGUCCUAGAACUGUUGAUCGUAUUGCUGAAAGGAUGAAGGUUGCGAAUGAACUAACAUCUGCAGUGGUUGAGAUGCUUUUAGAGUUUUGCAAGUACAGUGAGAGUUUGCUCAGUUUUGUUUCUAGGAUUGUCUUUUCUUCUGUUGGUUUAUUGGAGAUUCUGGUGAGGACAGAGAGGUUUUUGAAAGAGGAAGUUGUGAAGAAACUAUAUGACUUGCUUUUGAAACUACUUGGGGAACCUCUCUUCAAGUAUGAGUUUGGGAAAGUAUUUUUGAGCUACUAUCCAAUUGCUGUAAAUGAAGCCAUAAAAGAGGGUGUUGAUAAUGCUCUCAAGAAUCAUGCGCUACUAUCUACAUUCUCUGUGCAAAUCUUCACUGUGCCAACUUUAACACCACGUCUUGUGAAGGAAAUGAACCUACUUGCCAUGUUAUUAGGUUGUUUGGGAGACAUUUUUGUUUCAUGUGCUGGUGAAGAUGGCCGUUUGCAGGCUGCCAGGUGGGGAGCCUUGUAUGAGACCACUCUUCGUGUGCUUGAAGAUAUUCGCUUUGUUAUGAGUCAUGCUGUUGUGGCUAAAUAUGUAAUCCAUGACCAGAAAGAUAUAUCUAGAAGUUGGGUUAGACUUUUGGCUUUUGUGCAAGGGAUGAACCCGCAAAAGAGAGAAACAGGCAUCCAUAUAGAAGACGAUAAUGAGAAUAUGCUUUUGCCUUUUGCUUUGUGUCACUCUAUCGGUAAUAUUCAUUCUCUCCUGGUGGAUGGGGCAUUUUCAGUUGCUAGUAGUGAAGAGACAGAUGGUGAAAUACUUUCUAGCACAUAUGAGCAAGAUAAGCUAGAUAUGGUUGACACAGAUGUUUUACGGCAUGCCAAAGUAGGACGGUUAUCCCAGGAAAGCUCUGCAUGUAGCGCGACACCAAAGAGUAGUGCUCGCCCUUGUGCAUCAAAGUUUGGUGAAGCUAAACAUGAUACUGUUUCUCAUCUCUUCAUUCCACCAUCUGUCAAGUGGUUAAUGCACGAGUGUCUGAAGGCUAUUGAGAACUGGUUGGAAGUUGAUAAUACCACUGGGGCUGCUCUUAAUAAAUUAACUCCAAAUACUAGCAGUAACUCUGGUAGCAAUUUUGCAGCAAUAAAGGAGACAUUAUCCAAGAUUAGAAAAGGCAAAUAUAUUUUUGGCAGACUUGCGAGUUCAAGUGAAGAUCAUGGUUUGCGGCGCUAUUCAGAUGUACAUAGUGGUCUUGGUGUGAAUUUUGAAUUGGAGAAUAGGAAAAGUAAGGACAACAAACCAAUGAUCAGUUAUGAUGCCGAUGCUGUUAAUGCCAGCAGCUCUGCGUGGUUUAAUGACAUUCUGAUGGAGGGUGAUACAAUGGAUAUAGAUGCACUACAUAUUUUGAAUUUGUCUGAUUGGCCAAACAUAGUUUACAAUGUUAGUUCACAGGACAUAUCUGUCCACAUUCCAUUGCAUCGGUUACUUUCACUUCUUUUGCAUAAAGCAUUGAGAAGAUGUUUUGGUGAAUCUGCACUGCCAAAUAUGACUAGUGGCAGUUCUGUUAACUCGUUAUCAACAAGCUGCACUGAUUUCUUUGCUCAUGUUCUUGGGGGCUGCCAUCCAUUUGGUUUUUCUGCCUUUGUUAUGGAGCAUCCUUUACGAGUGAGGGUAUUUUGUGCUGAGGUUCAUGCUGGAAUGUGGAGGAAGCAUGGCGAUGCUGCCCUAUAUUCCUGUGAAUGGUAUCGUUCAGUUCGGUGGUCUGAACAGAGUCUAGAGCUUGAUCUAUUUCUGCUGCAGUGCUGUGCUGCACUGGCUCCACCUGAUCUGUUCGUCAGUAGAAUUCUAGAACGCUUUGGGCUGUCAAACUACCUUUCUUUGAAUCUUGAUGGGUCCAAUGAGUUUGAACCAGUUCUGUUACAGGAAAUGCUCACUAUCAUUAUUCAGAUAGUCAAAGAAAGGCGGUUUUCUGGGAUAACUACAGCUGAAAGUUUGAAAAGAGAGUUGAUUUGUAAGUUAGCCAUUGGAGACGCCACUCGUAGUCAUUUGGUGAAAUCUCUUCCUCGUGACCUCUCAAAGUCUGACCAGCUUCAGGAAAUAUUGGAUACUGUUGCUUCAUAUUCCAGACCAUCUGGCUUUAAUCAGGGUAUGUAUUCACUCCGAUGGAGAUAUUGGAAAGAAUUGGAUUUGUACCACCCUCGUUGGAAUUCAAGGGAUUUGCAGAGUGCUGAAGAGAGAUACUUGCGCUUCUGUAGGGUCUCUGUAUGGACCAAUCAGCUGCCCAUGUGGACUAAGAUUUUUUCUCCACUCAAAGAGGUAGCUAGAGUAGCGACUUGUAAGGUGGUCCUUCGAAUUAUCCGUGCAGUGCUGUUUUAUGCUGUUUUCACUGAUAAAGGGACUGAAUCACGUGCUCCUGAUGGUGUUGUUCUUACUGCAUUGCACUUACUCUCGUUAGCAUUAGACAUCUGUUGUCAGCAGAGAGAAUCUUGUGAUCAGCCAUGUUCUGAAGGAUAUGUAUUCCCAAUCCUAGCUGAUUCUAGUGAAGAAAUUUGGGAGGGAUUAAACUAUGGUGCUGGUGGACAAAGUUUGUUGUCACUUCUUGUUGUUUUGAUGAGGAUGGAGAAGAAAGAAAACACAGACAUCUUUUUGGAUGCAGGAGGUUGCAACCUUUCUUCCCUGAUUGAAAGUAUAUUGAAGAAGUUUGCUGAGAUUGAUUCUGGAUGCAUGGCCAAAUUGGAACAACUUGCACCUGAAGUUGUCAGUUGUCUAUCACAACCCAAUCCUAGUAGUGAUACGAAUCUCUUCAGAUCAGAUUCUGAUAGUGAGAAACGCAAGGCAAAAGCUCGAGAGAGGCAAGCUGCCAUCUUGGAGAAAAUGAGAGUUGAGCAAUCUAAGUUUUUGGCAAGCAUUGAUCCUGCUGUGGAUGAAGGUUCAAAUUCUGGACGAGAUGUGAAUAGAUCUGAUGUUGGAAAUGAUUCAGAAGAGUCUGCACAAGUUGUUUGCUCUCUAUGCCAUGAUCCCAACUCGAAAAACCCAAUAUCAUUCCUGAUUCAUCUCCAGAAAUCGAGACUUGUGAGAUUUGUCGACAGAGGUCCCCCAUCAUGGGAACAAUUUUGUCGUUUAGAGAAGGAGAAUGUUUCUACAGCCACUGGCAAGGUGACUGAUCAAUCUGAAACAAGCACAUCGUCUGGUGGUCCAGGGUUGAUUUCAUCUUCUCUUUCAGCACAGUUGGUACAGAAUGCAGUAAACGAGUUUUGUGGGCAACCUGAGGAAGUCAAUGCUUUUCUAGGAUUUUUCAAGGCUCAGUUCCCUGCAUUGAGGGAUAUUCAAGUGCCACACAUAUCCAAGGAUGGGAGCGAGAGAAGUGCAUGUUCGAUUGAGACAUUGGAACAAGAUAUGUACUUCUCCAUACUUAGGGAAGUGCAUGAUAAUUUGUUGCAUUCCGAUUUUUCAAAGGAAGAUACUAAAAUUCUUACUGUUAAAGGGGGUUUUGAAAAAAGCAGAGACACAGAAUCUGUCUUGCUUGGAAAGUACAUAGUUGCUCUUUGGAGGGAGAAGAAAGAAAGUCCUUCAGGAUCUCAAGAUUCUCAUAAUGAUGAGGCUUCUGUAGAAUCUACUUCAAAGUGUCCGUCAUACGAUGGAUUUGGCCCUUCAGAUUGUGAUGGAGUUCAUAUUUCUUCCUGUGGGCACGCCGUGCAUCAGGGAUGUCUUGAUCGCUAUUUAUCUUCAUUGAAAGAGAGAUCUGUCAGAAGAAUUGUUUUCGAAGGAGGGCAUAUUGUGGAUCCAUCUCAGGGAGAGUUUCUCUGCCCCGUAUGUCGUCGACUUGUCAACUCUGUCUUGCCUGCUUUGCCCGGGGUUUGCAAGGAAGUCUGGAAGCAGUCUGUAAGUUCAACCUUGAGUUCUUCUCUAGGUACUGGGUCUUCAGCAAUAUCAUCUGAAGAAAUUAGUUCACUCCGCAUUCAGCAAGCCUUGCUUCUCUUGAGAUCUGCAGCCAACGUGGUUGGGAAGGGUGAAACUCUUAAAGCUUUUCCCCUGCAGAAAAAUGGAAGAAUGAGGCAAAAUCUUGAUCCAGUUUGUCAAGUGCUCUUUAAAAUGUAUUACCCAAACAAACAGGAUAAGUUAUCAAGGUCUGCAAGGGUAAGCCACUCAAUGCUUAUGUGGGACACUCUUAAGUACUCCCUCAUCUCAAUGGAAAUUGCCGCUCGUUGUGGAAGGACUCAUAUCACUCCAAAUUAUGGCCUCAAUUCCAUGUAUGAGGAACUCAAAUCUUCUAGUGGAUUUAUAAUGUGGUUGCUGCUAAAAGUUGUCCAAAACUCGCAAACUAAGAAUGGUGUUCAUGUGCUUCAGAGAUAUAGAGGUACUCAGCUUUUUGCAUCGUCUAUUUGCUCUGGUAUAUCUUUAGAUUAUGCCAGUGGCACGUCCGGACAAGGUAAUAUGUUGCGCAUCUUAAAACAUGUUGAGAAGGAAGAAUCAUGUCCUGAUGCUCAAUUUUGGAAUCGAGCUUCUAAUCCUGUCCUUUCUCGUGACCCAUUUUCAUCAUUGAUGUGGGUUCUGUUUUGUCUACCAUUCCCAUUUCUUUCUUGCAAAGAAUCAUUGUUGUCCCUUGUGCAUGUCUUCUAUGCUGUCUCUAUAGCACAGGCUAUAAUUAUCUAUUGCGGGUUGCAUCAAUGCAAGACAAGUGAACUAGGAUUUAACGAUUGCCUGAUUUCUGACAUCUCAAAAGUUUUGGCAGAAUCUGGAUGUGCCCAGAAAUUUUUUGCUUCAAACUAUAUUGGUUCAUCUAGUAAUAUAAGAGAUACAAUUCGGAGCAUGAGUUUCCCUUAUUUGCGGAGGUGUGCACUGCUGUGGAAACUGCUAUACACUUCUUCCCCUGCACCAUUCUGUGAUAGGAAUAAUGUGCUUGGUAGAUCAUCUUUUGCCAUCAAUGAUAUGAUGGAUGAUGGUUCUCUGGUCGAGCUCAAUGAAGUUCAAAAGCUGGAGAACAUGUUUAAGAUUCCAUCACUGGAUGUUGUUUUGAAGGAAGAAGUUCUGCGUUCUCUAGUUUUAAAAUGGUUUUAUCAUUUUCACAAGGAAUUUGAACGUUGUAGUUUUGGAGGUGUUAUGCACAUUACACCUGCAGUUCCAUUUAAGUUAAUGCAUCUUCCCCAUGUUUAUCAGGAUCUCUUGCAGAGGUUGAUAAAACAGUGUUGCCCUGACUGCAAAUCUAUCCUUGUUGAUCCUGCAUUAUGCCUCCUGUGUGGUAGAUUAUGCUCUCCCAGCUGGAAGCCAUGCUGCAGCCAAAGCGGAUGCCAAGCUCAUGCAAUGGCCUGUGGUGCUGGUACUGGAGUGUUCCUAUUGAUCAGGAGAACAACAAUCCUGUUACAGAGAUGCGCACGACAGGCUCCUUGGCCGUCACCUUAUUUGGAUGCUUUUGGUGAAGAGGACAUUGAAAUGCAUAGAGGGAAACCAUUGUACCUGAAUGAGGAACGCUAUGCUGCUCUAAAUUACAUGGUUGCAUCCCAUGGCCUUGAUCAGAGUUCGAAGGUUCUUCGCCAAACUACUAUUAGUUCUCUGUUCAUGGUUUAGAUUUGAUUUCAUGGUUAUGGUUCUUGAUAAGGGGAUGGAAAAUGGUCCUGCAUACUCUGUAUAUACCUGAUAGCGGCAAUUUAUUAAGGAUCUUGGCCUUCAGCAUGGUAUCCUGUGGUUGUAUAUACUGCUCAUUCAGAUAAUACCAUAAUUUUCUUUCCACAAGCUCAAUAUUUGACGCGGACGGUGGAUUUGGCUGCUGCUCAUGGUUGUACAGUUUGCACAUAAUGUUUUUCCUUGUUAAGAACUCUAGCUUUUACGCGUUUUCCCCACUUUUCGUCCGUUGUGUCAUGUGUUUCCGUCAGGUGGAAUGGUGGGGCUGCUGCCGCUCCAAGGAUUCUAUGAAAACUUAUAUGCUUCAUCCCUGUUCUUUUUCCUUAUAUUCAUAUAUAUAGAUCUAUAUAUGUUUCUGUUUCUGCUUUUACUUCUUUGUUAUUUUUUUAGGGGAGAUUUUUAGGGGAGAGAAGGGGGCUGGUGUUGGAAAAGGGGUGUGGUUGAAUCAAUCACACCAACCACUUGUGUAAGUAGUUGUAGUUCCUUUUGUAGAUGAGCAUCUUGUACAUAAAUGAUCAUCCGUCGCUGGACUCUUAAAUUUCCUCUUUUCUUUU